GAGGUGAGCGCCUUAGAGUGUGAAAUCCAGCUCCUGAAGAAUUUGUGCCACGAGCGGAUCGUCCAGUAUUACGGCUGCCUGCGAGACACCAUGGAGAGAACGCUGUCCAUCUUCAUGGAGUACAUGCCGGGCGGCUCCAUCAAGGACCAGCUGAAGUCGUACGGAGCGCUGACGGAAAACGUGACGCGGCGCUACACCCGUCAGAUCCUGGAGGGCGUGUCCUACCUGCACAGCAACAUGAUCGUGCACAGAGACGUCAAAGGGGCCAACAUCCUGCGAGACUCGAUGGGUAACGUGAAGCUUGGGGACUUCGGGGCCAGCCGGCGUCUGCAGACCAUCUGUCUGUCGGGAACAGGCAUCAUGUCGGUGACGGGCACCCCGUACUGGAUGAGUCCGGAGGUGAUCAGCGGAGAGGGCUACGGCAGGAAGGCGGACAUCUGGAGUGUCGGCUGCACGGUGGUGGAGAUGCUGACGCAACGACCCCCGUGGGCGGAGUUUGAGGCCAUGGCGGCCAUCUUUAAAAUCGCCACGCAACCCACCAACCCAAUCCUCCCCCCCCACGUGUCGGACCACUGCAGAGAGUUCCUCAAGCGCAUCUUCGUAGAGUCUAAGCAGCGGCCGUCAGCUGACGAGCUCCUGAGGCACAUCUUUGUACAUUAACUGCCAGAAACGGCCUUACGUGAUUGGGCGUCCCUGCCUCUGACCCCGCCCCCUCCACCACGCUGAAACCUUAUUGGACCAGGAGUCUGGAAGGAGGUGUUUGUGGAGUUUGGGGGGGCUUGAGGUACCUGCUCCUCGUGUCUCUGUUUUUAUGAGGCUGCCAUAGAGGACCUUUUUAUUUUAGUUUUCUCCGCAAGUUGCACCUUACUUUCUCCGAGGAGCGGAGCACUUCCUCGUGACGCGACGACUCUUUGAAAAACUUUUUUAUGUUUGUACGGUUUCUCUCUUCGAUGGUGUCGGUGUUGUGGACCUACAGGAAGUGAUUUCUGGCUCUUGAGCGCCCCCCCCUCCCCUUCAUCUGGCUGAAUGUAGUCUCUAAACGAUGCAGAGGUUUCCCCCCCCCUUCCUGUCUCUCAGCUUCACUGUCUUCGUUCUGCUAUUCCUCCUCUUCCUCCUCUUCCUCCUUCAUCUUCGCCGUGUGCCUUUUCUGUUUUAACGCCGUGUAUAGGAGUGACUGUUGCUUUGCCUGCACACCGUUAGCCGAACACCAGCUGAUCCCAGUUCAGCGUAACGUCCGUUUCUGCCUUUUUUCUGUAACUGGUAACCAAAUAUUCAGACUUUCUGUUUUAAUAUGGAGCUGUCGCUGUGAUCGACCAGCUGAUUGGUUCUCAUGCUUCUGCUCUCUCUUCCAAUGAACCCUCCUCUCCUCUGCUUCUCAAAGUGUUCACUGAUCACAUUUAGGGAGCUCCCAUCACGGCAGAUCAGAGCUAAUGUUGGAGCUACGUGAAGUCGUUUUAGCGCCAUGAAUUAACAUUUAGUUUGGAUGAUAGCUGAACUAAAGAACUAACUUUUAAAUCCUGUCUUGUCUUUGACUUUGGUAGCUGUUCAAAUACUUCAAUACAGAGAAGUAACUCCAUGCAAGAACAUCGACUAUAUCCAGCACUUCCUCACCUAGAGCUAAACCACGAGCAGAUGGCACAAGAUUUAGCAUUUAAAAUAAGAAUAUCACACUUCCUUUUGCUCAUUUAUUAAGAUACAUUAACUAUCUUAUGGAUUUUCACCAUUCGAAGCCCUGAAAUCAACUAAAUUAAUAUUAAAAUCAGGGGAAAUCUGCUCGAAAGAAGGCGAAGAAAGCUAAUAAAAGAGGGUUUGUCGUUCCGUAGACUCUCUGUAACUCUGCCGUGAUGAAGCUCUUGAUUUUGUGAAGCAGGAGAGACGGAGGCGUGUUUUAACAGAAGCUCACAGCUGAUUGGCCGCAGGUCUGGCUGCAUGACGCUGUCGUUGGUUUCAUUUCCAACUAGCCGGGACAUCUCAAACGCUGCUUUUUAGUUUUAGGUCCAUGAACAAGUGUCUCCUCCUCACAUGCACUCCUACAGACUCACACUUUCAAGCCUGAUGUUCAUUCAUCACUUUCAACACUCCGUUCAACUCGCUCUGUUUGAACACAUUUCUAUUAUAACGUCUGUCUGUCUGUUAAAUAAUAUAAGUGCAUAGCUCUGGCUUCAUAACUAUGCACCGGAUUAUAAAUUAGGAUUUAAACGCCAACAUGUAAAGGUCCGUUGGGUUAAAUCCAGAGUGGUUAUGCAGAGUUUUCGGCUCGUUAAAAGGUGCAAUCAGUAUUUAAUUACAGCCACAAGUAACCACAAUACAGAAAGAGGGUUAUGGUAUGUACGGUUAUAGCUGUCUAACGGUACGUAAUGCUUCUGUGUUCGGUCUCUCUUUGGUACUCAGUCACAGAUCGUGUAGUUUGGUACAUACGACAUUUCUAAUUUGGUCAAUUGUGGUAUAGAUCAUUUCCCAAUCAGGUGAAUUAUGUUUGUUGUUGUAGUUUCCUGCAGCGGCCACUAGAGGUCAGUAAAGAGCUGAUUGCACCUUUUUAAAAGCAGACGGUUUAUUCAUGUUUUCGACCCACAGCGAGUCUGUAGUUCCUCUAAAGGCUCUUCUGCAGCUCUGUAGUAAAUGUUCAGUUUGCGAUCAGCUGAUCAAAAAAAA